CCUAAAAGGUGGUCAUUUAAAUCAUGAAUCACAAUAAUAUAUUUUGAGUAAAGGAAAUGUAGUUUGAUAUUCCAUUUUGUAUAGAAAUUUUGUAGAUCCCGGGAGAAGAAAACAUGUAAAAUGCCAGCCUUCAAAGAGGAAAAUCUUCCACUUGACCUCAAAUCUGAUAAAUAUCAUGACACAGUGACAGGAACAUCUUCAGUCAUUCCAUUGUUGGAUUCUAAAUGGAUUGAAAAUGAGGAGAUAGAAUUUAUCAGUUAUGUUCCAGUUCCUGUGAAUGUGGAUAUUCUCAAACAAACAUGUUCUAAUGUCAGUGAAACAGAUCUUCAAGCUUGGGAAGAUCGAGCAAAAUUUAUCAACACUGAUCUCAAUUGGUUGCUUUGUCAGUCACAUUCUCGCUUUUGGAAUCAUGUGAUUUUCAAUAAAUCAAUAAAUAUGUGCCUUGAUUCUUUUUUGAAAUCGUCACCAAGAUCUCAUGACCUGUGGAAAUUUCUUCCGGAUAGAAUAUUGAAUCUUCAAAAAGAAAUACAUCGCAGUAUAUUCAUGGUCUACCUGAGAAUGGCAACACACAAGGAAUCAAAAGAAGAUUUCUUUACCCCGGAGAUAUUUGGUGAAAUAUUGUACGAAAAUUUCCUGUUCGAUAUCCCUAAAAUAUUGGAUCUAUGUUCGCUUUAUGGCGGCGAGAAUAGCAAGAACAACAAUCUUUUAUCCAAAAUGCUGGAAAAUGUUUUUAAAAAACAGCCAAAGUAUAUUGAUGAUCUACGUGAAACAAUUCCAAGUAUUUGUCAAACACUGGAUAAAAUUAGAGACGACAUUAAUCCUGUUAAAGUUGGGAAAGAACGACGAAGUGAACUUCAACCAGCUGCCUUAAAUGAUUUUAUAAUAUACCUUCAUGAUACCACACAAACAUUGAUAUCAUUUCUGCACACAUUGACGUCAUUGUGUCAAUAUUUCUUUAAUGACGGCUUUGUACAGCGUAUUGCUGGAUUUUAUGAGGAAACAAUACCUUUAUUUGAUCAGCGAUAUCGCAGUUUGAAAACAGAAAGAACUUUUCUUAACAGAGUAAAGUUUAAUUUGGUAAAAAUAUCACGUUUUAUUAUUGAUGCUCAUUGUCUGGUUGCACUAAUGAAUGGUGAAAUUGAGAGUAUUAAUGAGAUUAAAAAGAACAGUAUCGAAGAUUUCCUUUCAGUAAUGAUGGAGUUAUUAUCUUUUAAAAGAUUUCUACGUGUAUACAAUCUUCAGUAUAGUAUUGAGUUGGAUAUAGAUAUAAUUCACUCGUCUGGGCAACCUGUGGAUGAAACGCGACUACAAUAUCUAAUAUCUGCCAUAAGUGAACUGGGGGUUCCCAGCGAUAAAUCAAUGAAGAUGUGGCCACAACAAUUAAAUGAUAAAUCUCGUAAGUCGAAGUCAGAGGGCCAACAUUCCUGGGAUAAAAUAAAGCCUGCAACCUCACCUGUUGGAGCUGAUGUCAUCAUGCACGCAUCUUCCUCUAAGGAAGCUGUGGAAACGUCCUCAGAAAGCAUGAGUGAUGUAGCACUCAGUUCAAUGAUUUCACAUGUGAAAGAUCUACUGCCAGACUGUGGCGAAGGAUUCAUACUUUUAUGUUUGCAAAACUUGAACUAUGAUGUCGAGAAAACUAUAAACUUAAUACUUGAAGACUCUCUUCCUGGGGAAUUAAGUAAUCUUGAUCGUAAUUUAAGUAAGAGUGAGGCGAUGAAGAAACCGGAUGUAUUGUCUUCAAGACAUAAUAUCUACGACAAGGACGAAUUUGAUGUGUUUUCAAAUGCAAACGUGGAUCUCUCUCGGGUACGCAAAGGAAAGACUCGCGCUACGGAAAGUAUGAAGACGGUAUUUGAUAAAGAAAGAGAUGUUGAAAGUACGAAAAAUUUAAUCUUAAAUUAUGAUGAAACAUUUAACGACUAUGAAGACGAAUAUGAUGAUACUUAUGAUGAACAAAAUGUCGGAGCUCAAGAUGCUGAUUCAGCUGAUGAAUUAAGUGAAAUUACAUUGAGAAGGCCUUUUACAACUCCUCGUGCUCUGCAGCAUUUAAAAGAAGUUGCUGAUGAUGAUGGGGAUGAGAAUGAUGAUGUACAGGACACUGGGGAAACUUCUUCAAAGGGGGAUGAACAAAAGGAAUGUAAUGACGGUGAGAAGCAGCAACGUGGUCAUCGUCAUGGUAACCAAAGACAGCAAAUCUUUGGUAACAAUGACGUAGGCAAACGUCAAGUGCGAAGUGGUAAUACAGAGCGUGAUAGAUCAUAUAAAGAUAAACAUAAAGCAAAGAUUGCUAAUCAUAACAGAAAGACGGCGGCUGCUAAGAAAUAUUCUAAAGGAAUGAUGUAAUAGUAAUCUGAAGACCAGAUUAUAUCUGUGUUGAUAUCAGUGUUGAUAUAAAGCCGUUGCUGUGAUUAA